AUGUCUGAAGCUCGCACCAACAAACGUAGCAACAAUACAUUCACUUGCGACAUUUGCACAAAGACUUUCCCGAUGAAAUUCAAUCUGAAGAGGCACUUAUUAACCCAUCAGACCCCAGCGGAAAAAAUUAAGUUCGAAUGCAAAGUAUGCUCAAAAAAAUUCCUUCGCCAUGACCAUCUUGUUGAGCAUGAGCAAAUUCAUUCGGAAAAAAAAGAAAUUGCUUGUCCAUACUGCCCGAAAAAGUUUUUUCACCAACGUCAGUUGACGAGACACCAAGGCGUCCACAGGGACAAAUUAUCCUGCGAGCUGUGCUCCAAGAAAUUUUCUCUGAAGGAAAACUUGACGGCCCACAUGAAGCGAGCUCAUGAAGACGGAAAGAAGGUUUUAAAAAAAGAAAAGCCGUUUGCUUGCACCAUGUGUGAUAAGGCAUAUAUUCACUUGAGAAGCUUGAAGGCUCACCUGAGACGUUUGCAUUUUUUACAGCUCAAAGAUGAAACGGAUGAGGAAGAACAAGAAGAUAUGGAAGACCGAAAGACCGUUAUCGAAAAGGAAAAGCCGUUUGCUUGCACCGUGUGUGAUAAGGCAUAUAUUCACUUGAGAAGCUUGAAGACUCACCAGAGACGUUUGCAUUCUUUGCAGCUUAAAGGCGAAACGGAUGAGGAAAAACAAGAAGAUAUUGAAGAUUAA